AUGCCGAGCAUAUGGCAACGAAUCUCAGAAUCCCGUCUGACGGCUUUAUUCGUGGUUAUUACCUUGCUCAAUUGCUCAAUGCAAGUCACCCUCACUGGCCGUAUCUUUUAUAGCAAUUACACUGCCGGUAAUGCGCUCAAGACCGUAUACGCAUCCCAGAAUAUGUCCUAUUUGGAGUACACCCAGUACGAUUUCGAUAAAGGGGUCGUAAAGAUGUGCGAGACCAACGAGCAAAUCCUCAACAAUACUUGCAAGGUUGUCUGGCCAGCUCCCAUCGCACUUAAUCUAGCACUUCCUCGUUUACGAUCUGGAUUUCUCGCAGAGCCUUCCCCCGAUACGUUUGCUCCAAAGGGAUCGUCGCUGCACUCGCAAAAGGUCAUUUCGGUGCAUGUGAACAAUGGAACGCUUGCCAAAGCUGGAGAUUCUGGAACGGUCCACUUGAGCGAGAUGUGCCUUCGCGUCCUCAAGUGGCCAACGCAAGUACUGCUUCAAGACAAGAGAGACAAUCUGACUUUGAUUGUACUCCAGAUAUGGAUCUUUGGACUGGGAUUCGCCGCGCUGGUCAAUGAUUCUGUCCCGCAUCUCGUCGCGGCGUGCAUUGGCUACGUAUCUGUCGCUACGUGGUCUUUGGUUCAGCUCAUCGACUUUUACAACUUUCGGACACAGUAUGACCGCCUCAUCAAAGGAGUCGGUCUGCCAAACUCUGUCAACGGCAAUCUUGGACGAGUAGGCGCAUGUGACGGACAAGAUUUUCUCCCAAAGUACUUCGAACAGCAAAACAUCUCCUACUUGUUGUUAACUGGCUGGAACUUUCUGGGCCUCGUAUGGUUUCUGUAUUUCACCUAUCGGCUCUAUCAGUCUUUCAGGUGGACCACAUUCAAAAGAAUUGGCGCUUCGAUCCUCAUCGAGCGACUCUACCGAAUGGCACUUAUGCACCUGCUCUUCAUUCAGCUUGCGGUCUUCUUCCUUGUGGCCGGCAUCGUACUUUGGGUCGACCAGCUCUUCUAUGGCUCAUUUGGCAGCAAAGCACAUCUUGGAGGAAUGUACAAGGCUUUGGGAAUCGUCGCUCUCGGAGUCACCAUCCCGUGGGUGAUACUGGGUUCAAUAUCCGUACAACGUGAACUUAGAAAAUCGAUGUUGCUCUUUAUCUUCCUGACGUUACUCUUCAUUCUCUACUGGAUAUCGCAAUGCUUUUCACUCUCGUGGAGGUUGACAUUCACUCAUAGACCAUUUUUCGCUGCAAUGCAGGUGGCUUCGCUUGUUUUUAUAGUCACGACAUUCAUCAUUGGCAUUCUCGCGCGCAUCUUUUGCUUUGGUCGAGGACUCCCUCAGUAUUGGCAUCCCAUCGAGGAGAGCGAUUCUGAUGAUCUGCAUGCGGCGCCUGAUGUCGUCGAAGGGUUUGAGCCAGUCUCUUUCCCUUCACUAGCACCACUGGGCGAUGAAGAGCAAGGCAGACAUACUCGUAACGCCAGUACUAGCUCUGGAGGGAGCCGUGCGAGGGGACUUCGGCGGGCGGACUCUGACGCGACACUGACGAAUCCUCAUGGCGGAGAAGAUGACUGGAAGAGCAAAAAGAAUGAGCUGGAGCCCAAAGCGGUCGAUGGGCCUCCGCCGAGCGCUACGAAUGCCUGGAACGCAGAGCGAGGAGUGUAG